AUGUCUGAGGAAAUAGCAAGAUUCUUCACGUCGCUCAAGCAAUGGUUCUUCAGUAAUAUCUUCGCUAUGUUUUCCCACCUCUGUAUUCUGACGCGCUUCAUCUCGUCAGUAUAUGAGGUGAUGAGAGAGACGGAAGUUGACUUUGAUGCUGAUGAAUCCUUGAUACAAGCUCAUCCACAUGAUGUCAUCCACAUUCUGGACAACAGUGACGACAAUGAUGAUAGUGACGACGAUGAUGAUAGUGACGCCGAUGAUGUUGGUGGCAACUAUGAGGAUGGUGGCAACUAUGAGAUUCGUGACAUCGAAGAGGAUAGUGACGACAGUAAGGAUGGUGACGACUAUGAUGAUAGUGACAACUAUGAAGAUGCUAUGAGUGACGUCUAUAAGAAUGGUGACGACUAUGAUGAUAGUGACAACUAUGAAGAUGCUAUGAGUGACGUCUGUGAGAAUGGUGACGUCUAUGAGGAUGGUGACGUCAAUGAAAAUGGUGACGUCUAUGAGAAUGGUGACGUCUAUGAGAAUGGUGACGUCUAUGAGGAUGGUGACGUCUAUGAGGAUGGUGACGUCAAUGAGAAUGGUGACGUCAAUGAAAAUGGUGACGUCUAUGAGGAUGGUGACGUCUAUGAAAAUGGUGACGUCUAUGAAAAUGGUGACGUCUAUGAGAAUGGUGACGUCUAUGAGGAUGGUGACGUCUAUGAGAAUGGUGACGUCUAUGAGGAUGGUGACGUCAAUGAAAAUGGUGACGUCAAUGAAAAUGGUGACGUCAAUGAAAAUGGUGACGUCUAUGAGAAUGGCGACGUCUAUGAAAAUGUCGACGUCUAUGAAAAUAUCGACGUCUAUGAGAAUGGUGACGUCAGUGAUAAUGGUGACGUCUGUGAGAAUGGUGACGUCUGUGAGAAUGGUGACGUCUGUGAGAAUGGUGACGUCUAUGAGAAUGGUAACGUCUAUGAGGAUGGUGACGUCUAUGGGAAUGGUGACGUCAAUGAAAAUGGUGACGUCAAUGAGAAUGGCGACGUCUAUGAAAAUGGCGACGUCUAUGAGAAUGGCGACGUCUAUGAUAAUGGCGACGUCUAUGAAAAUGGUGACGUCUAUGAGAAUGGUGACGUCUGUGAGAAUAGUGACGUCUAUGAGAAUGGUGACGUCGAUGAGAAUGGUGACGUCGAUGAGAAUGGUGACGUCGAUGAGAAUGGUGACGUCUAUGAAAACGGUGACGUCUAUGAAAACGGUGACGUCUAUGAAAAUGGUGACGUCUAUGAAAAUGGUGACGUCUAUGAGAAUGGUGACGUCUAUGAAAACGGUGACGUCUAUGAAAACGGUGACGUCUAUGAAAAUGGUGACGUCUAUGAAAAUGGUGACGUCUAUGAAAAUGGCGACGUCUAUGAAAAUGGUGACGUCUAUGGGAAUGGUGACGUCUAUGGGAAUGGUGACGUCUAUGAAAAUGGUGACAGCAGUGAGGAUGAUAAUGAAAGUGAGGAUGAUGAUGACAGUGAGGAGGAUGAUGACAGUGAGGAUGAUGAUGAAAGUGAGGAUGAUGAUGACAGUGAGGAGGAUGAUGACGACUACAUUAGCCGUGACGAGGGAUAUGAAACUGGCAGCAGUGACGAUGACAGCAACUGGGGCGUCGAGGUGUUUUGGCGCGCUAGGAUACUUCUGAAUAUCUUGAUAGAGAUCGUAUAUCAAGAUAUCUCGAUCUUGCAAGAUAUCAAUAUAUCUUGA